CCGGGCGAGCCGGGGCCGCGCCGCCUCUGCCGCAGCCGCAGCGCCGGAGCCGAGAGCCGCCAGCGGGCGGGCGGGGCCCGCCGGACGCACAGGUAAAGCAGGUGCCACAGAAGGAAGACCUUGUGGUUUGCAAUCAUGCCAUUCCCCUUUGGCAAGUCGCACAAGUCUCCUGCAGACAUAGUGAAAAACCUGAAGGAGAGCAUGGCAGUUCUAGAAAAACAAGACAUCUCUGACAAAAAGGCAGAAAAGGCGACAGAGGAGGUCUCAAAAAACCUUGUUGCCAUGAAAGAAAUCUUGUAUGGCACAAAUGAAAAGGAGCCCCAAACAGAAGCUGUGGCACAGCUUGCUCAGGAGCUAUACAACAGUGGUCUUCUUAGUACCCUAGUAGCUGACUUGCAGCUCAUUGAUUUUGAGGGCAAGAAAGAUGUUGCGCAAAUUUUCAACAACAUUCUCAGAAGACAAAUUGGUACAAGAACUCCCACAGUUGAAUACAUCUGCACUCAACAGAAUAUCUUAUUCAUGCUAUUAAAAGGGUACGAAUCUCCAGAAAUUGCUCUAAAUUGUGGGAUAAUGCUUAGAGAAUGCAUCCGGCAUGAACCGCUAGCUAAAAUCAUCUUGUGGUCAGAGCAGUUCUACGACUUCUUCAGAUACGUGGAAAUGUCAACGUUUGACAUCGCGUCUGAUGCAUUCGCCACCUUCAAGGAUUUGCUUACAAGACACAAGUUGUUAAGUGCAGAAUUUUUGGAACAACAUUACGAUAGGUUCUUCAGUGAAUAUGAGAAGUUACUUCAUUCAGAAAAUUAUGUGACAAAGAGACAGUCACUUAAGCUUCUCGGUGAAUUGUUACUGGACAGGCACAACUUCACAAUUAUGACAAAGUACAUCAGUAAACCUGAAAAUCUCAAACUAAUGAUGAACCUUCUACGAGACAAGAGUCGUAACAUCCAGUUUGAGGCCUUCCAUGUGUUCAAGGUGUUUGUAGCCAAUCCUAACAAGACACAGCCUAUAUUAGACAUCCUUCUAAAGAACCAGACCAAACUCAUUGAGUUCCUCAGCAAGUUUCAGAAUGACAGGACCGAGGAUGAACAAUUUAAUGAUGAGAAGACCUAUUUAGUUAAACAGAUCAGGGAUUUGAAGAGACCAGCGCAGCAAGAAGCUUAAACUCCAAUAAACCUUUAAAAUAUUAAACCCAAA